CAAUGUGCGUAGGGUGUAACCACUGUGCCGCGCACUCUGGCGCAGUCGCAGAAGCAGCCGAAACGCGUUGUUUUCAUAUUAUGGAUUCGGCGUUCUUAACUACCCCGCCGUAAACCUUUUUUAGUCCACUAAGCAGAUUCGAUGCAAUCUCACCCAUAUCGCUCGGCGAAAAAAAUAAAAUAAAACGAAGGCAUACGACACACGAGGGUGUUCUGUCAAAUUUCCUUCGCUAGGGGGUGCACAUCGUGGCCAUUCUGUCGUAGCGCAUUAGAAGCGUUUCAUUGAUGUUGGGGUGCGAACGUGCGGUGGCAACAGUGGUACGGUGAUUUUCUGUCUAGUGUUGUUAACAUAAUUCUGCGGCAUGACUGUGUAUGAAAAAACAACCAGUGAAUAAAGAAUCGUUAAAGUGUGUGCAUUUGAAAUAAGUCAACAUAAAAUACAGUGAUUUAUUUGCUUGUGUAGUGUAUUCGUGUACAUACUUAAUAUCUGUAGAGUAGGUUCUGUACAUAAUGACCGCAAUUGCCAUGGCGUCGGAUGGAAGCUAUGAUCCCGUGAUAUCAAAGUUGAUUACAUCGCUUAAAGAAGCAGAAAGCUUAACCGAUGAGAAAGAUCUUGGGUUUUUGCAAAAUUUGCUUCAAUCGAAGGAAUUAAAUGCUCUUGUGAAUGUACAUAGCAAGGUGGCCAAAAUCAACAAGGACGACAGGAUAGCACCAUUGCUGUCCGCUUCAGUGCAGAUCCUGAUGGAAGUUUUGGAACUGCUUGCACCAAGAUGUCACAUUUCUCCACUAUGUAAAGAGGUUUUCCACCUACUACAAACACCGCAUUUGCAGAGUAUUCUUUUUGCACACGAUGCAAUCGCGCAAAAGGACUUCUACCCACAUCUUCCGGAUAUCCCUGUGGAAGUUGACGAAGACGAGGAAACCAUCAAAAUCGUACAACUCGUCAAAAGUAACGAGCCUCUGUGUGCUGGAGCACAAAGUGCGGAACCAAUCGUUGGUGCUACCAUUAAAACAGACGAGGAAACGGGCAAAAUCAUUAUCGCACGAAUCAUGCACGGUGGGGCAGCUGAUCGUUCGGGCCUUAUUCACGUUGGCGAUGAGGUGAUCGAAGUUAAUAAUAUUAAUGUCGAGGGCAAAACACCAAGUGAUGUUCUUUCGAUUCUGCAAAACUCUGAAGGCACAAUAACGUUCAAGCUCGUUCCGUCGGAUGGGAAGUUGGAUCAGCGUGAAAGUAAGGUGCGAGUUAGAGCAUACUUUGACUACGAACCAGAAAACGAUCCCUACAUCCCUUGCAAAGAGGCCGGUCUAGGGUUCCAGCGGGGCGACAUACUGCAUAUUGUAUCUCAGGACGAUUCCUACUGGUGGCAGGCUCGCAAAGAAGGUGAAAAAACUACCAGGGCCGGGUUAAUACCAAGUCGGGCACUUCAGGAGCGUCGCAUACUGCACGAACGAACACAGAAGGAAACAAAUGGUGAUGCAAAAAAAGGUUCAUGUGCCUCCAUCUGCUCUACUCCACCCGGUUCACCAAACCCAAACCAUCCCUGUGGUGGGCCAAAGACUAAAAAGAUUAUGUACGAUACAGCUGAGAACGAUGACUUUGAUCGAGAGAUGAUCGCCACCUACGAGGAGGUGGCCAAGCUGUACCCGCGUCCCGGUGUCUUUCGACCGAUCAUCUUAAUCGGUUCACCCGGUGUAGGACGAAACGAGCUCAAGCGUCGGCUAGUCGCACGAGAUCCGGAAAAAUACAAAAGCCCUGUUCCAUACACUACGCGCCCAAUGCGUCCCGGAGAAGUCGCCGGCAGGGAGUAUCUGUUUGUGACGCGCGAAAAGAUGGACGCCGACAUUGCUGCUGGGAAGUUUAUCGAACACGGCGAGUAUAAAGGACAUCUGUACGGUACAGCGGCUGACAGUGUAAAAAGCAUCGUGAACGCUGGAUGUGUGUGCGUUAUUGGACCACACUAUCAGGCCCUAAAGUCCUUAAGGACGGCACAGUUAAAGCCGUACAUUGUACACAUUAGACCACCGGCGUACGAGGAGUUGAAAAAAUCACGCACGAAAGCACGUGCACGCUCAACGUUUGAUGAAAAUAAUUCGAGAGGAUUUACGGAUGAAGAGUUUAUGGAAAUGAUCAAAUCGGACGAACGUAUAAACUUUCUCUACGGCCACUUCUGUGACGAUGAGAUUGUAAACGAUGAUCUAUCGGAGGCGUUCGAGAAGUUGGUCAACUUUGCCAACAAAUGUGAAUCCGAGCCGCUCUGGGCCCCGGCCAGCUGGGUGCAGUAGAUAAUUUUGAGUUUGAUCGAUCGCGGUGUUGAAGCUAGAAAUCGAAACUUGUUGAAAAUUGUUCAUUUUCUAUUGCAUUAUGCGUACUAGGUGGUAAUUUUUUCCCCCCAUUUGCCUGAAAUGAAUCCGUUACUUAUGUUGUUGGAUUUAUAACUAUUUUAGUUACCAAAUAUUUUAUCUUUUUCCAAAUGAUACAUUUGUUUUUAGUUGUAUGAUUUUAUUUACCAUCAACGUUACUUUAAUAAACUAUCCUUGCUCAACAUCAUGUAAAGUAUUUAUUAUUUUAAACCAAUACUUCAGUUUCGAUAGCUUUCAGCUGCUUCUCUCGAAAUGAGAAUAUAUGAAAUAAGCUUGUACGUUAUUCUAAGGUGCUUUACUAACAGAUAGUUGUAAAAAACCCCAAACAAAGCGUGAGGUUAGUAGAGGAUUGGGCAACUCGAAACAACAACUCUACACAUAUAACGAGGGUUCGCGUCUCCUAUCUCGAUGCUCGGUGGAACCAAAUGUAAUUAAAACGAUCAAAUCAAGAUUUAGUGAUAUAACGCCAGGAAUUGUGUUACAUUGUGCGUAAUUAUAUACUAGAGGACAUUUGUUGUUUGCCGAUAAGCGUAUUGCUACACAGCUGUGAAACGCUUUACAUUCAUGUUCGAUUGUUUUAGUUCUUUAAUCAGCCAACGAUGGAGAGCGACAAUGGCAUGCAACAUAGACCAGAUAAACAGAAAGACACGAAAGAGCUUAUUUAACCCGUUUAACUUCACGAUACGUUUUUGCAUGUUAUUUGUAGGAAUUUAAUUAAAGCAAAUUCACUGCCCAAAAUGAAAUGGCAGUUAUGUGCGAGAGUUAAGCUAUGAGAAAGGGAGAAGGGACGACAAAAAUGCAUAAAAGUCCGAUGUUUUUUAUACCCGUGUUUGUGCGAUAAAUGAUAGCAGAUAGUGGAACAAAACAAAACAGACACACAUUAGCUAGAUGGUUGGAUUCGUGAAAACGUGUUGCAAUUGUGAUUAGAUUUAAUAACUUUUUUUUAAUCACAUUUUUAAUUGCAUUUUUAAUUAAUCAUUGCACAUGUUUGAGGUUUGUUUUUUUGUAAACUAAUCAAAAAUGAAUUUAAACUAACUGCACAAAAUGGUUUAUUUAAAGUUUAGAAAUUCGAUUAGGCAAACAAAUUAGGCAGUGUUUUAAAAACAAAAAAUAUCUUACAUUCGCCAAUUUCAGAUUUCUUGAAUGCCACCACCAAUGCGCCAUGAGCAACUUCCGUACCUACAAAAGCAUGAAAUUAAAACCCCCGUAGCAAAAAAGAGCAUAAUUUUGAAAGACAAAAAAAUCAUACAACACAACUACUCCCAAACGAUCUGUUGAAGCCAUUUUCUCGUAACACAACUUCUAAUCAACAAACAAAACAAUACAAGAAAAAAGAAUCACUUGAAUAGUAACAAAGCUAACAACCGUUCAACCGUUUCUAGUUGCAAUAUAGAUAUAUUUAAAGCAGCAUUUAACAAAAUUCAUAACAUGAAAGUCCGUAUUUUCCGACCCGUUUUAUAAACUAAAUCAUUAAACAAAGAGGAUAGAAUUGAAAUGUAGUACACUGUAUCUUCAUAUAGCCUUGCUGUAUUUAAAUAUCUUAAAGCAUUUUGCCAACCAUUACUACUUUCCACUAAAAGAACAAUAGAAUCCGGAAUAUGGUUUGUGAACAAGAUAACCAUAACAUGAAGGGGGGCUAAAAAAACCAUACGGAUUACACAAAAGUACAUACGUCUUUCUCUAGCGUUAAAGGAAUUCAUAUAAAUCAUCAACCAUGUGUUGCAGCAUUGUACAGUGAGCCAAACAAAACCAAACAAAAAUCAAAUGAAAGUAAGCGCAAAGGCCAAACCAGAUACUAAGCUAACCAGAACCCCCGCAUACAUAAACACACAGUUAGAAAUGUUGGAUCAAAAAUAAUUAUUAACUUCAUUCAAAAUUUCUAUAAAACCAGAAAAGAAAUGUGUACAAGCUCGCAAUGUAAUAUUCUAAAGCUGUUGCUAAUUUAUCAUCCAGAUUAUACACCACACGUCUUACUCUGAAGGAUAUCCCUUUCAAUAACUAACGUUCAUAACAGCUACGCUAAAUUAAAAAAUACCAUUUACAAUAAAUUAGUGUGUGUGUGUAUCUGGUAUAAGCGUGUCUUGCGGGAUAUAUUAUAACUGCAACUGUUUAAUAGAACUACAUGCCAACUGGAUUGUUAAGAAGAUGUGUGUGUGCAAGUAAAUUGUGAACAAUCGGGACAAUAUGCAGAAACAAUUUGCGUCACCAAAUCGUUGAUGAUUCGUCCUAAGACCAGAUCUAUCUCGCUGUAUCGGAAGCUAACAUAGAAAUGAAGUUACUAUCUUAACCAGUAUGUGAUGGAUGGAACGAUAAAAGUGGCAUUAAAAUGUGUCCCUAGUACAGCAGCAAAGGCAUCCCGAAACUAUAAACUCUCCGAUUCUUUUCUGGAACCUGGAUGCCAGAUAGCUAACGACAAGUGUACCACCUAAAGAAAUUUUGUGGCAAAUUAUGUAUUCUCCUGUCGACCAGUGUAUGAGGGUAUGUUGUUUUGUGGAAUGAUCGUACAAAAAAAAAAUACAUCGCGAUAGUUUCUAACACUCUACGAAUUCCUCAAACAGUUAGAUCUUCCCAAUGUUUUGCUGUGCUAAUCAUACGAUUCCUACCAGCCAAAGACAAAGACGUUUAAACUGAAUUGUGUAGCAGAAAAUGUUUGCGAGAUAAGAACAAAGAAUGAAGGAAAGAAACAUUCUAACUUUCGGGCAAAUGUUGUAAAAUCUAUUUGUUUUCUAGGCUCUAAGCGUGCAUAUAACAAAACAAAAAAAAAAACAGAAACAAAACAAUAUUGAUCAAAACAACAAAAAUUCACAAAACCCUAAAAACGAUCAAACAUUAUGUACAUGUAUGGUACAUAUAUUGAAUAACAUGCAAACACACAAAAAGACACGAAAAGCGCGUAAAAAUAAAACAAAACGAAUGAUGUUGUUUGUUGAUUAGUUCUAGAAACGAUACAAAACCAAGCCAAUCAUGUAGGAUGGAUAAGGGUAGGGCGAAGUAACAAAAAUGUCACCCCAUUGUGUACACACUCAACAGCAAGCACUAUGCAAUGGAAAAAGAGUACAGUAAAUACAAAACGAAAAACCAAUCUUCGAAACAUGAAAA